AAGGUAACGUCCAAUUUCAUCCAUUACAUUCAACACUGUGAACUGUAUUUUGUUAAAAAUAUAUAGUUGCAAUAUGUUUUCUCAUUCUUAAUAGCUUUCUCUUCUUUUUGUUCAUUUUCACGGCCACAUUUAAUUUUGUGUGUGCGUAUCGUGCACGCAACACCAGAGGGCGUUUCAAAGGGAGGAGGCUUUAUUUUCCUGAAGCCGUUUGAGGAUGCGCGCAAGGACGAGAAAGAAGUGCGAGAGCAAAGCGUGAGAGGUGAUCACCCCAGAGUUGUGUCUGCUGGCUUGGACGCACUUUGCUGGCGGGACCUCGGCCUGAUGGAAAAGAGGGACAGAAAGCCGGGAUAUUUUGCCAGGCUGAAGAAGCGGAAGCAGCUGAAACAGAACCAAUCAGAAAAAAGUCCAAAUGAGCAGAGCCCUGCUUUCAUCUGCUGUGACAGCGACCCCAACAAGAAGACAGACCUACAGAGAGUCACAGAAAAGCCACCAGCAGGUUCGGGUGAUGGCUGUAAAAGUAACAAUCAAGCAAAGAUGGAGAAGAAGAGGCCACCAGGGACAGUGGACUUCAUUGUGGGACCAAAUGAUUCCCUCAACAGCAUUGCACUCAAAUUCAACAUCACCCCAAACAAGCUGGUUCAGCUGAACAAGCUCUUCACUCGCAGUGUCUACCCUGGGCAGAAGCUGUUUGUUCCAGAUUUGAGCCAAUCUGAAACCGUCCCAAAGUCUACGAGUUCAUCUGACCCCUCUUUAAGUAAUGGCUUGUCUGACAAGCCAUCAGACGAUGCCGCAACAAACUGCCGGUCGGCAAAGUCCAUCCGCCGUGAGCUCUCACCGAAUUCGGAGGACGAGAGCCCGGCAACGGUUAGAUUCAUCAAGAUGAGCUGCAAAUACUUCACUGAUGGCAUGGGGGUGGUCGGAGGGGUGCUAAUAGUGACACCCAACAACAUCAUGUUUGACCCCCACAAGUCAGACCCGCUGGUGAUCGAGAACGGCUGUGAGGAGUACGGCCUCAUUUGCCCCAUGGAGGAGGUGGUGUCCGUGGCUCUGUACGAUGACGUGUCGCGCAUGAAACUCAAAGACGCUCUGCCAUCGCCUGGGGACUGGGAACAGCUGCCGUCAGAGCAGGAGCUGAACCCUUUCAGCCGAUAUGAAGCUAUGGUUCCAAAACAACCCAUAGUUUUGGAUGACAUUGAAUCUACCCUCUCUGAAAUUGGGAGUACAGAAGGUGAGCAGACAGAGAAGUCUCCAUCGGAUGAGGGAUUCACUGAGCUUGAGCCCACAGUCAACGGGAGCACAGAGGAGGCCGAGGCAGCGUCCUCCACCACACUCAGCACUGUCAGCAGAGACCACCACGAGCAUGUGGGACCAAGCUGUCCAAGCCAGGAAAACGUCCAGAACAAACAUAUACUUGGCCAGACAAAAGGGAAGCUGGAUGACGAGGAGGAUGAAGGUGUAGCUCAGAACUGCUCCAUCGAGGAUGGAGAGUCCACACAAUCCUCCUUUGAGACUGAAAAACAGGGUGUUGUGCAUGAUAAACCUGAUAGCCAUGAGGCCACUGAAACCAAAGAUUUUAAAUCUCAAGGACCUGAAGAGCUGCUAAAUAGAGUAGAUGAUAAAAUAACCAUGCAGUUGAGUCUUAAGGAGGCUUCAGAGUUAAAUGGGAAGUCGGCACUGGAGAGGCAAAGCCCAGACAGACCAGUGACGGCGGAUGAACUCAGUGAGGAGGAGAAACGUAAGAAUAACUACGAGGCUGAGAUGAAGUCCUGGCUCCUGGAGAGAAUGCAGGCUCCAAUACAAGAUAUGCUUCACUCAUCUGAAGAGAAAAGCAAAAUACCACCUAUGUUCCUCUGCUUCAAAGUUGGAAAGCCAAUGAGAAAGUCUUUUGUGACUGGCAUGACUUCCAGUCCUGCCCACUCAUUUGGGAGCCGGGAGAAGCAGCCAGAGUAUUGGUUUGCUGUGCCUCAGGAGAGGGUGCGAGAUCUGUAUUCAUUUUUCCUUCAGUGGUCUCCUGAUGUGUACGGGAAUGAAGUUCGUGAGCAGGGCUUUGUCGUGGUGGAGAAAGAUGAACUGGACAUGAUCGACAACUUCUUCAGUGACCCCGCUUCCUGCAGCUGGGAGAUCAUCACCCUUGACGAGGCUAAACGCAGGCAGAGUUUUGGCAGCUGUGACAGAGAUCUGUCUGUGGAUGCUCUUCCCAUCCUCCUGGAUAGCAGCGAUCUGUUGCAGGACACGCACAUUGAGAAGCUUGCAUGUCGCCUGCCAGCCCGUGUUCAGGGAUACCCGUGGAGACUAGCCUACAGUACCGAGAAACACGGGACUAGUCUGAAAACACUUUAUAGGAACCUGAUAGAGGUGGACAGUCCUGUGCUACUGGUCAUCAAGGACAUGGAACACCAGAUAUUUGGGGCAUUCUCAACACAUCCUUUCAGAAUGAGUGAACACUGCUAUGGCACCGGGGAGACUUUCCUCUUCAGUUUCUGCCCUGAAAUUAAGGUUUACCGCUGGACAGGGGAGAAUUCUUACUUUGUGAAAGGCAACAUUGAUUCUCUGCAGAUGGGAGGAGGAGGUGGUCAUUUGGGUCUGUGGCUGGAUGCCGAGCUGUACCGUGGCACCACCACAAAAUGUGCCACGUUCAACAACCAGCCGCUCUCCUCCCAGCAGGACUUCAACAUCCACAGUCUGGAGGUCUGGACCUUUGAGUAGCCGCAUCUGCUCCUUCGACAUCCACUCUCUGAAUCCACAAAUCCCCCAACUCUAAAGCACCCCAAGUCUAUAAUGCAUCACUUGGGAGGCGAACCUAGCAACACACAAAUGACUGUGAGACGGAGGCAACCUGUGGAGCCGAGAUGUUACUACUCUGGUCUGUUUUGAGGUUUUGUCGGUUUUGAAGGCUGACAAGUUUAUGUUCAGUUCUCAAGAAGUGAGAAAGCCUCAACUCUCAGUUCACUGGUUGCCUUAGACAUCAGACAACAAUUCCAGCUUCUCCAGCAUGCAGGCUGCCUUACCACUAAAUGCUUAAAAGGGGAGGAGAGCUGCUUUUUCACCUGGUCAUCUAAAUGAGGCCAAGCUGUUAAGGUUACUGUAUAUGUUGGUCCACAAAGAGCUGGCUUUAUGUCUGUCUGAAGGACAAGGGAAUCCCUCUGUCCUGUCAGCCCAACGUGGCAGAAACGCAGAUGAUGUUGGUAUGGUUUGUAUGUUCGACAAUGAAUGACAAUGUAAUGAAGAUAUUUUGAAUGGUUAUUUUGUUUUUUAUGUCACAAUGAACUUGAAACUUGAGGGAAUUACCCUGUAAGUUGUUUUUAAAUUCUCUGCCAUCAAAUUAAGUCUCAAAAUUGUUUACAAUGGAAGUGUUAACUUCCCCUCAAAGCUGUCUUGUUGUCUUAGUUUGAGUUUUAGAUGACAUGAAUGAGUCCCAUCUCGUUUCCUCAUUAUAACAUGUAAUAGCCCAGUUCAAUCCAAAACAACUGGUAGAACCAGAAAACCUUUUCAGUGACCAAAUAUCUUCUUUUUUUCACUUCAUAUUUGUUAUGAGCUCUUUGUGUUUUAUAGAAAUAUUUUUUUCAUUUUAUUUUUGCUUCCCUUUUUACAAAGAAUCUUUUUUUGUUUUUUUGUUUUUUUAAACAAUCUUUGUAGAAUUGUUGCUCUUAAGAUAUAACAUUUUCUAUUCAAUAUUUAAUUUAUAUUGCAGCCAAAUGUUUUGGUUUUUGUCCUUCCCCUAUUUGUUUUUUGUUUUGUUUUUUUCCCCUCAACGUUCUCUAGCCAGCUGAGGUUCAACAUGACAUCUCUUUGCACUACAGGAUGCAGCGCAUGCUGUGUUUUUGCCCUUAGUAAUCAAGCAUUUCAAUGUCAAAUUGUUACUGAAUGUUGUUGUAUCGUUAACUACAGAAGGGAAGCUGCCUGUCAAAACCAUAGCCCAGCCUGAGCUUUAUACUUACAAAUGAAAGAUGAAGGGAUCAUCAUAUUUUGCACUCUAAUAUGCCACUAACUACAAAUUUAAAUGUACUAACAUAGAAAUAAAAUGUUCAUUUAUGUCCUUUGUGUAUGAUACAGGCUUGUAGUGCAUGUACAUGCAGUACGGCAACAUUCUGAGACCACUACCUGCCAUAUUAUUCACUAAUGCCAGUUAUUGCUUCAUGUGAAAAUGAGCUUUAUUGUUUUAAACUGUUCAGUGUUGUAACUGUGAAUGCUCCCUAAGUAUUAUUUGUUGUGAAUGCAAAACUGUUGUGAUCUGUGAUAUCACCUAGGAUCUAUUUAUUAUUGUGUUGUUAUGGCAACCACAUUUAAACCUAAAUAAAUGUUCAGUAUACACAUA